AUGUCUUAUCGCAGGGUUGUUCCGUUGUUAAGGCAGCCAAGUGUUUGGAGAUGCUAUAGUACGAGGAGAACAGAUGAAGAAGUAAUGAAUGUGUUUGAUAGAAACGCCAAGAGAAGGCAAAAAAACAGGGCCGCACUUGCUGAAAAUGUCGGCGUAUACGACUAUCUCAAAGAUGAGGUAAGAAUAACAGUUGUGCACACAGAAGGAGUUUCCAUCAUGCAUGCAAGACUGAACAAUGCUAAUGCACAGGAAGACCAAGCUCAAUAGGCCAUUACCCAGGGCUGUCAACCCCCGACGUUUUCAAAUAUUGAGAAGUGAUAGGGAAGGGAUGAUAGAUGACAUCAUAACGCACAGCACACAUAGCGUCAUUUGUGCAAAGAAUACUUGUUGACUCCAUCAUCACGAGUUUGCGAUAACACAAAAUGCACGAAAAAGAUGUUAAUAACAUUGUAACAUUUGACCUGAUUGGUUUACUUCCCACCAAUCACACUGUUGCUUAAGCUUACAUAACAAUGGCACAACGGAGUUGUAUGAGGAAACGUUGGAUGCACUGUUAAGAGUAAAAUAGCUCAAACAACGCAAAAGUCGAGUCUAUCAGAAAAUAUGGCAAACUUGGGCGAUUAUCCGCGAGAUUUCAUACUCUAAUCUGGAGACUGGGAGAUACGGUCCAAAAUCUGGAGUCUCCCGGAUUAUUCGGGAGAGUUGAUAGCACUGAUUACCCAGGCUAAGCCCCCGUUUGAGCAAAGCCAUUGAUAUAAAACUGAUAUUUUAAUCUCAUGCUUGUAAAACUAAUUUUCACAAGAAAGUUUUUGCACUUAGCCUCAUUUUGAAAGAGAGAGUUUUUGGAACUCAGAAAUGGCCUGUUGCAUGGAGGACCUAGAAUUAAUUUUCCAGGUAAUAGCUAACAAGGUGAAGCAGUGUUUGGGGCUAAUGACAUGCAUGGGACAUAAGCUUAUGAUGGUUUCAGUAGCAUGAAGCACCAAUGAGUCUUGCAGUUCCUCGUCAUAAUGGAAUUAUGCUGGUCCAUUAGAUGUUAAUUGGCGAUCAGGCAGUCCCUCUUCGUUUUUUCUUGGUGAGACAAGAAGAAAAGGUUGUGCUUUCCCCCAAAAAUAAAAGAAGAAUGCCUGAUUGCAGUUUAAUCAGCAGUAUGUUGCUGGUGCCCAUUUUUAUACCUAUGUUGAGAGAAAGUGGGGCUACGUUUCUUGUUUAAGGAAACAAUACCAACAGCAGUCUGAAACCCAGACCUACGGAUUUGAAACUCAAUGUGAUAACCACUAGAUUACUAUGUAAUAAGGGCUGUUAAGAAAGUGAUGUUAAUAAUUUGUUGUUUUUUUCCUGUUGUAGGUUGCGGAGAGAAUGGUUGACAGAAUAGGAGACAUUGCUAGGUGAAAUAAUCAGUUUAUUAAAUGAUUUUAUUUUCUAAAAGAGUUGAUAGGCACAAAAAUCAAAGAGUUUUCGGGCACAGUGAAACUCUGACAUAACAAAGUGCUGAAAGGACUGCAAAAUUGGCUGGGUGUGGUUUCAAAACAAAGAACCUUCCAAGGAGAAAAUAUGGAAAUUUCCAUGAAGAACAUUUUUUGAUUAGAUCUAUACUAUCUUUACGUUUCUCCUCCUUAUUUCAGAUUCUUCCCUCUGGCAUUGGAUCUUGGUUGUGGGCGAGGACACAUCUCAAAAUUCCUAACAAAGGUUGGUACAUGUAUGUACACAUACCAGUACAAACUACUCUGAUUGCAUACUAAGAUGGAAAUAAGUGGUACCAUUUUAUGCAUUGAGGGUGUGAUGUCCAGCAUAUAGAGGGUAAAGAAAAUGAUUGAAAAAUUGUGAUGACCAACUCUUUUCUUUUUAUCUUAUUUGUUUUCAGGAACAAGUUGGAACUUUGGUCAUGUCUGAUAUGGCAGAGAAUAUGCUGGUUAGUUUGAGUUCUUUACUAUUAUCCAGAGAUUAGGCUUUCCUAAUUUUAUGGCAACUGAGGCUGGGUUAUAGACUGUCCCCACCUCAGAGACAUAUGUAACUUCUGUAAAUGGUGUCUUCAAGCAAAUAAUCUGGGAAAAUAUUUUUUUACAAAAUUUCAAUAGCCAGGUAUCCUCUGAGAGAAAGUUUGCAAAAGUUGCAUUAAGUACUAAAAAGGUUUUACAAUCUACAUUGACACAAAAACUACUUCUUUAGCAAAGAGAUUUGUUUUGAACGAAAAGACUUUUUUAGUGCUUAUUUGCAAUCUGCAGGCCGUAGGGUUCACAGAUGACAGCACUCAUGUCAUUCUCCUACUUUCUGUUAGCAGAUUUAAAAGUUUAUCUAUUCUGAUUAUGUUGUAAAACAAAUGGUAAACAGCUCACUGGUUACUACUCUGUAUUGCAGCAUUGCUCUGUAUUAGAUCACCUCAACAGGCUUUUUCAGGCUGUUGAAGAUUUAAACAAUAUUAUGAUAUUUUUUCUCGCUAGGCUCAGUGCCAGCCCUGUGAGGUUCAGACGCUUAGACUUAUGGUAGAUGAAGAAUUUUUACCAUUUGCUCAAAAUUCAUUUGAUCUUGUUGUCAGCAGUUUAAGGUGUGUUCUCGGAAGUGAAAUAGGUCACUUUACAGCUAUAGAUGAAUUUAAACGAGGCUGGAUUUGACUAUGUUUUGAUACAACCUUUGCUUCCUGCUUUCUCAUGUUUAUCAUGUUGUUGUUAUGUUAACUAGUAUUUUCAAGCAUAAUUUCCAUUAGAAAACAAAGGAGGUUUUUAUCAAAACAUAGUCAAUUUCAGCCUCACAUUCAUUUGAAGGCAAGGGUAAGCACUAAGCCCACAACUAUAAUGGUGUACUUACAUUUGAGUAACAUUAAAGUGCUCUUUGUGCAACUUGUUUUUCGGAAAGGGACAAUAAUUUUUACUCGAAACAAAUAGAAAACUCCUUGAUGAGUUCGGCUCGUCAGAAGUUGAAUAAAGUUGCUUCCAAUAUGACUUUUUUCUGAUAAUACUGACUUUUUUUCCUUAUAAUAAAAGUGCUUUUAAAGAGAAGCAUUCUUAGUGGCAGCAAAAUCCUUACUAUAUCCCUGUUGGGUGACUCCCCAACUCAAUAUGUAUCUAGGGAUUUUUGUAAUACUUUUCUGAGACAGAAUAAUCAUGUUAAUUAUGUGCAGAAUUACUGGAAGUCUGCUUUUAAGCUUAGUGUUUUUAAUAAGACCUUUAGCUCUUAGAACACCAUACAAUGAGUAUUGUUCCAUUUUUUAUGUCAGAUUUCAAAGUUAAGUUGUAUCUUUGAAAAUGGUUACAGUAAUGCAGUUUUAUUUAAAAUGGUGCAUUGUUCAUAUUUUGCACUCUAUCAGAGGGCUGUUAAAGAUUUUACUCAUGUUUAAGUCCUCUUUACAAUGUCUUAUCGCAGGGUUGUUCCGUUGUUAAGGCAGCCAAGUGUUUGGAGAUGCUAUAGUACGAGGAGAACAGAUGAAGAAGUAAUGAAUGUGUUUGAUAGGAAAGCCAAGAGAAGGCAAAAAAACAGGGCCGCACUUGCUGGAAAUGUCGGUGUAUACGACUAUCUCAAAGAUGAGGUAAGAAUAACAGUUGUAUUGUGCACACAGAAGGAGUUGCGAAUGAACAAUGCUAAUGCACAGGAAGACUAAGCUCAAUAGACUAUUACCCAGGGCUGUCAACCCCCGACGUCUUCAAAUUUUGAGAAGUGAUAGGGAAGGGAUGAUAGAUGACGUCAUAACGCACAACACCUGGCGUCAUUUGUGUAAAGAAUACUUGUUGACUCCAUUGUCACGAAUUUGCGAUAACACAAAAUGCGCGAAAAAGAUGUUGAUAACAUUGUAACAUUUGACCUGAUUGGUUUACUUCCCACCAAUCACAUUAUUGCUUAAGCUUAUAUUACAAUGGCACAACGGAGUUGAAUGAGGAAAUGUUCGAUGCACUGUCAACAGUAAAAUAGCUCAAACAACGCAAAAGUCGAGUCUGCAGGAAAUGGCAAACUUGGGCGAUUAUCCGGGAGAUUUCAUACUCUAAUCUGGAGACCGGGAGAUACGGUCCAAAAUCUGGAGUCUACCGGAUUAUCCAGGAGAGUUGACAGCACUGAUAACCCAGGCUAAGCCUCCGUUUGAGCAAAGCCAUUGAUAUGAAAAUGAUAUUUCAAUCUCAUGCAUGUAAAACUAAUUUUCACAAGAAAGGUUUUGCACUUGGCCUUGUUUUGAAAGAGAGAGUUUUUGGAACUCAGAAAUGGCCUGUAGCACGGAGUGCAUUAAAUUAAUUUUUUGGGUGAUAGCUAACAAGGUGAAGUAUUGUUUGGGACUGAUGACAUGCAUGGGACAGAAGCUUAUGAUGGUUUCAGUCGCAUGAAGCACCUAGGAGUCUUGCAAUCCCUCAGGAUAAUGGAAUUAUGCUAGUCCAUUAGAUGUUAAUUGGCAAUCAGGAAGUCCCUCUUCAUUUUUUCUUUGUGAGACAAGAAGAAAAGGUUGUGGUUUCCCCCCAAAAUAAAAGAAGAAUGCCUGAUCGCAGUUUAAUCAGCAGUAUGUUGCUGGUGCCCAUUUUUAUACGUGUGUGGAGAGAAAGUGGGGCUACGUUUCUUGUUUAAGGAAACAAUGCCAACAGUAGUCUGCAACCAAACCUACGGAUUUGAAGCUCAAUGUGAUAACCACUACAUUACUAUGACCUUUACAGUGUACAUACAUGUAAUAAGGCCUAUUAAGAAAGUGAUGUUAAUAAUUUGUUGCUUUUUUGUUGUUGUAGGUUGCAGAGAGAAUGGUUGACAGAGUAGGAGAUAUUGCUAGGUGAAAUAAUCAGUUUAUUAAAUGAUUUUAUUUUCUAAAAGAGUUGAUAGGCACAGAAAUCUUAUUUAUAAGCACACUAAAGGGUUAUCAUUUCCAGAAGAGUUUUCGGGUACAGUGAAACCUUGACAUAACAAAGUGCGGAAAGGACUGCAAAAUUGCCUGGGUGGGGUUUCAAAACAAAAAAAACCUUCCAAGCAGAUAAUAUGGAAAUUUUCAUGAAAAACAUUUUUUGAUUAGAUCUAUACUAUCUUUACGUUUCUCCUUGUUAUUUCAGAUUCUUCCCGCUGGCAUUGGAUCUUGGUUGUGGGCGAGGACACAUCUCAAAAUUCCUAACAAAGGUUGGUACAUGUAUGUACAUAUAUCAGUAGAAACUACCCUUAUUGCAUUCAAAGAUCGAAAUAGUCUGGACCAUUUUAUGCGUUGUGGGUGUGAUGUCCAGCAUAUAGAGGGUAAAGAAAAUGAUUGACCAACUCUUUUCUUUUUGUCUUAUUUGUUCUCAUUUUCAGGAACAAGUUGGAACUUUGGUCAUGUCUGAUAUGGCAGAGAAUAUGCUGGUUAGUUUGACUUCUGUACUAUUAUUCAGAGAUUAGCCUUUUCUAAUAAUAUUUUAUGGCAACUGAGGCUGGGUUAUAGACUGUCCCCACCUCAGAGACAUAUGUAACUUCUGUGAAUGGUGUCUUCAAGCAAAUAAUCUGGGAAAAUAUUUUUUUUACCAAAUUUCAAUAGCCAGGUAUCCUUUGAGAGAAAGUUUGCAAAAGUUGCCUAAGGUGCUAAAAAGGUUUUGCAAUCUACAUUGACACAAAAACUACUUCUUUAGCAAAAAGAUUUGUUUUGAAUGAAAAGACUUUUUGAGUGCGUAAUUGUAAUCUGAAGGCCGUAGGGUUCACAGAUGACAACACUCAUGUCAUUCUCCAACUACCUGUUAGCAGAUUUAAAAGUUUAUCUCUUCUGAUGAUGUUGUAAAACAAAUGGUAAACAGCUCACUUAGUACUACUCUGUAUUGAAGUAUUGAUCUGUAUUAGAUCACCUCAACAGGCUUUUUCAGGUUGUCGAAGAUAUUAUGAUAUUUUUUCUCACUAGGCUCAAUGCCAGCCCUGUGAAGUUCAGAUGCUUAGACUUAUGGUAGAUGAAGAAUUUUUACCUUUUGCUCAAAAUUCUUUUGAUCUUGUUGUCAGCAGUUUAAGGUGUGUUCAUGGAAGUGAAAUAGGUCACUUUACAGCUAUAGAUGAAUUUAAACGAGGCUGGAUUUGACUAUGUUUUGAUUACAACCCCUGCUUCCUGCUUUCUCUUGUUUAUCAUGUUGUUCUUAUGCUAACUAGUAUUUUCAAGCUUAAUUUCCAUUAGAAAGCAAAGGAAGUUUGUAUCAAAACAUGGUCAAUCUCAGCCUCAUAUUCAUUUGAAGGCAAAGGUAAGCACUAAGCCCACAACUGUGAAAUGGUCUAUUUCCAUUUGAGUAGCAUUAAAGUGCUCUCUGUGUGACUCAUUUUCGGAAAGGGACAAUAAUUUUCACUCGAAACUAAAUAGAAAACUCCUUGAUGAGUUUGGCUCGUCAGCAGUUGAAUAAAGUUACUUCCAAUGUGACUUUUUCCUGAUAAUACUGACUUUUUUUCUGAUAAUACAAGUGCUUUUAAAGAGAAGCAUUCUUAGUGGCAGCAAAAUCCUAACUACAUUCCUGUUGGGUGACUCCCCAAUUCAAUAUGUAUCUAGGGAUUUUUGUAAUACUUUUUUGAGACAGAAUAAUCAUGAUAAUUAUGUGCAGAAUUACUGGAAGUCUGCUUUUAAGCUUAAAGUGUUUUUAAUAAGACCUUUAGCUCUUAGAUGCAAUGAGUAUUGUUCCAUUUUUUAUGUCAGAUUUCAAAGUUAAGUUGUAUCUUUGAAAAUGGUUACAGUAAUGCAGUUUUAUUUAAAAUGGUGCAUUGUUCAUAUUUUGCACUCUAUCAGAGGGCUGUUAAAUUUUUGGUUGAGUAUUAAUUUUAUUUACUGCANCAAUGAGUAUUGUUCCAUUUUUUAUGUCAGAUUUCAAAGUUAAGUUGUAUCUUUGAAAAUGGUUACAGUAAUGCAGUUUUAUUUAAAAUGGUGCAUUGUUCAUAUUUUGCACUCUAUCAGAGGGCUGUUAAAUUUUUGGUUGAGUAUUAAUUUUAUUUACUGCAAAUCUGGAUAUUUCUUCUUAUUAUGCUGCAACUGCUUUAUAAAUUAUGAUUAUUUUUACUUUCUCACUGCAGCCUUCAUUGGGUUAAUGAUUUACCAGGAACAUUUAGACAGGUUAGUUGAUUUGAAACUUGUAAAUCAUAUCUUUUUUUAUUUGUAAUAAUUUUUGUUGCAAAUGCAGGUUGAUGGGGGAUCUUGCCUAAACCAUUAAAAAUGAGUCCUGGUAACUUUGGUAGAUACACAAUACUUGAAAAUACAAGAAAAUCUCUAAUCCCUGACUCCUUUAUUCAUUUUCUCACCAACUUCUAAAAUUAUUGACCACUGAACAACAGCAGGAACAAAACAAACCAGUGAAUCAAAGUGGUGUUAAAAAAUAUUGGAGCAUUUUAAAUUGAAUUCUAGGUAAAAAUUAUUUUGAAAUUUUUUGAUUUUCCUUUCUAUUUUAAAAUUAACCAUUUUAUUUACUAAAUGCGCCAAACAAGCUAUUACAAAUUAUUUGGCUUAGAAGGUUUAAUUUGUGGAUUGGUACCUUUCUUGAGAACACCAACAGCCAUUUGCACAAAGGCAUCGUUUUACUUCUAUGACCAAAAUCCUUUUUGUUUUUCCUUUCAUAUUUUAACUUGGUGCUCCCAGUGAGGUUUAAAUAUCAAAAGCCCUAGUUUGCACAAUUAAGGAAGGAAAACUCGAAAAUUCUGGUCAUAGUAGUAAAAUGACUUCAUCAUGCAAAUAAAAUAUAACAAGUAUCUUUUAUACUGACAAAUGUCAAACAUGUUAAUGAAACUUUUAUCAAAUUAGAUCAUUCACUGCCUAAAAGAGGAUGGUGUUUUCAUAGGAGCCAUGUUUGGAGGAGAAACCCUUUAUCAGCUCCGAUCUGCCUUACAGUUGGCUGAAAUUGAGAGGGAGGGGGUAAGUACAGUACAAACACAAUCCUGCGGGGUAGUAAGGGGUACACUGUAAGUCAGUUUUUUAAAAGAGAUAGAGGGUAAGUUUUUGUACAUUUAUAAGAAGGUGAGGUUGGGUGUGGAAAAUAUUAUUUUUGAAUGUGAGGUGGAGGGGAAGUCUAGUUCCAACAAAGUUGAGUGUUGUCAUGGAUGGCAUAUGGGGUGUUAUGAGGAAAGGCUCUGAAGGUAUAUUUCUCCUAGGAGAUUUUUGGUAAAUGGGUGGUAAAUAUAACAGACUGGGAAUUGGUUUGAUGUUCAUCUUUCUUGCUGGAGCUAUUCCAAGCCUGUUGUCCAGAAAUGCACGUGAGAUUCAGGCUAUUUAUGAUAGACAUCACAAACUUUCUUGUAGCCCUAAUUCUCACCUAUAAAAGCAAAUAGAUUUGUAAUGCUGUCAAACACUGAAGUUUCAACACUUUUUCAAGUCUUUUUCUGUGUGUUUCUUUGUUUCUUUUCAUCCUUGAGACUCAAUGUUUUUGCUCUAAGGUCUCAGGUUUUUAAGCAAGGGUCUUUGCAAGUCUUGCAUUUGCCAUUUACAUUCUAUCAUUAUGUCAACUAGACUGAUAAGUGGUAGUUGAAAUUUUUUGUUCUGGCAUGGUCUUAGCUUAGUGUCUUUUAAUGCUUGCUACACUUUAGUCACAAAAACUGUUGCUAAAUUAACUUUCAGGGAUUUGCUCCUCAUAUAUCACCAUUUGCAGAAGUCAGAGAUCUUGGAAAUCUUUUGACCAGAAGUGGAUUCUCUCUAACAACUGUUGUAAGUUUAAGAUGAAUUGAAUGUUAGAAGGGUUAAUCAGCCUACACUGCACUUCACUAUGAACAUUGAAACCUUUUAUGGAACCCCAAACUGGAAUGAAAAUAAUAAAAUGAUAUUGUGUCUUUCUGGGCAAUUAUUUCAUUUACAAAACAUACACGUGUCUAGUCACGAGAGAUAACUGUGAGUUUUCUGUGUCUGAUUUGUAAGCCUCUGUUUUUUGUAAGGAUUUUGAUGAGAUAACAAUAGGAUAUCCUGGAAUGGUUGAACUAAUGCAAGAUCUUAAAGGAAUGGGCGAAAAUAAUGCUGCCUGGAGAAGAAAGACACUAUUGCACAGGGACACCAUUCUUGCUGCAUCUUCAAUAUAUCAGGGUAUAUUUAAACUGAAGUUUUUAAGACCUUCUGUGUGUAAUUGUCAUUCUCAUCAUCAUCAUGUCUCUCUACUCCUGACGGUCCACAGGAGUAAUAAAACUUCUUGGGAUUUGUCUUGUGUAUUUGUCUUCUGUAUUUAUUCACUGUCACCAGUGAUCAGCUACUCAAAGUUAACCUUGAGGAGUGGUUUGUUUGAUAAACACCAUGCUAUUAUGCAAAAUGAUAUUUUAGCAUAGCAUGUGGCAGAGAAACCAUUGUUCACAGGCUACCCACAGAGCCAAAUAAAAAAUAUACGUUUGUAUAUUUAAUCCUUUUAAAAUUUGACAAGAAUUUUCCAUGGUACAUUUUUAUGCUUAUGUGUUUUGUUCUUAAUGGUUGUUUAAUGUACGAAAUUUCUACACCUUUAUGUGAAUCAAUACAUGUAAAACUGAUUGGUUAAGAAAACUGUUAUUAGUUCUUUCAUUAUUGUCUGAAUUUUUUCCUGUGCCCAGGUGCAGAUUACAUGUAAAUUACUGUAAAGUUAAUUUUUUUCAUUGUCCUUACUCACAUUUUGCAGAGAUGUAUGGUCUGGAAGAUGGUGGUAUUCCAGCCACUUUCUUUGUGCAUUACAUGAUUGGAUGGAAGCCCCAUGACUCGCAAGUAAGUCUGACUUGAACAUUUGAUGGCAUUUUAAGUGUUUGAUUACAAGUCAAAGAAUAGCCGUACAGUAAUAAUAAUAAUAAUAAUGGUUCUGUUAACAGAUCCACUAUGUGGCUCUUUCCUGUUAAAGUACAUCAAUUACAAUUAGAAGUAAAUCAAAUUAAGUUAUUUACAAAUUAUGCAAUAUACAAUUAACAGUAGAAGCAGGAUUAACAGAAUUGAAAUUAAACUAAAACUUACUAAUCACUCUGUACUCUGUUACAUAAAAAAUUCCUUGAAAGUCUUAAAAAGGUUCUGCAAUCUUUACAGUUUCUAAUAGUUUCUGGUAGAUUGUUCAAUAGCUUUGAUGCAUUAUUUUGGAAAGUGCCGUUUUCAGUCGGUACCACUUAUCUUAUUGCUUGAGCACAGUUCCUUCCUUUUUUUAAUUUUAAGACAAUCUGGCCAAGUCUCAGUGUUAUGCAAAGUCAUGAGAUUCAAAUCUCUUCUCUCAUUGAUUGGAAGCCAUCCGAUUUUAAGUACAUCCCAAAAGUUCUUAACAUAGUGACCGAGUAUAAAACUUGCGGCCGUAAACUGAACUUGUUGCAAACAGUGAAGUAAAACGUAGAACGUAAAAAACCAGAUCAGCAUAAUCUAGUUUUGACAAAAUCAAUGUUCCUAGUAGUUGCUUUCUAAGCUCAUAUUUGGCGAGAUACAGUGGAAAGUAAGAUUGAGAGGGGUCCCAAUGUUUUGACUUACUUUAUUUUCAGCAAAAGGCAGCAUAAUCUAGUUUUGACAAAAUCAAUGUUCCUAGUAGUUGCUUUCUAAGCUCAUAUUUGGCGAGAUACAGUGGAAAGUAAGAUUGAGAGGGGUCCCAAUGUUUUGACUUACUUUAUUUUCAGCAAAAGGCGGCAAAACGUGGAUCUGCAACAGCAACUUUUGGUGACUUAUCAAGUUUAAACACACCAAACAAGUAAACAGAUCAUGUGAACAAUCCUAAGGCAUCCCUCAGUUCCUUGUGUAGAUGAGACACCAAGGUUCUUAGAGA